UCCGGGGUCUCGUAACUGCGCCGUCUUUGUAUUGACAUCUGCGAGGCACAAAGAGGAGAGGCCUCCAACAUCCUCCAUUAUGCUUUCUAGCAAAAAGUCUGAUGCGGGCUCCUCUUCCUCCUCCUCUUCCUCCUCUGCUGGGGCAUCUGGAACCGAGCGAGUCCCCACUUCAGACGCACAGACCGGGACCUCCGCCUCCUCUGCCGGGCUCAUGGAGGUCAAGAAGAAGGAACGCUCUUCCCCCAGCGGAGAGCCCGGAGCGCCCCCCUCUGGAGCUCACCAGGGGGGGCCCAGUGCGGCGGACCUCGAGGCCGCCGAAGUCCGCAGAACCAGCCGACGGAAGCGAGCAAAACAGGUGGAGUACCGCGAGAUGGAUGAAAGCCUGGCCAAUCUGUCGGAGGACGAGUACUACUCUGAGGAGGAGAGGAACGCCAAAGCAGAGAAGGAGAGGAAGCAGGUGGUGCCUCCCCCUCCGCCCCCUCCCGAGGAGGAGCAGGACAGCGAACCUGAGGAGCCGUCUGGUGUAGAAGGCGCUGCGUUCCAGAGCCGCCUGCCCCAUGACCGCAUGACGUCCCAGGAGGCCGCCUGCUUCCCGGACAUCAUCAGCGGACCCCAGCAGACGCAGAAAGUCUUCCUGUACAUCCGCAACCGCACACUUCAACUGUGGCUGGACAACCCGAAGAUCCAACUCACCUUUGAGGCUACGGCACAGCAGCUCGAGGCUCCAUACAACAGUGAUGCAGUAUUGGUCCACAGGGUACACAGUUACUUAGAAAGGCAUGGACUCAUCAACUUUGGCAUUUACAAAAGGGUCAAGCCGUUGCCAACUAAAAAGACUGGAAAGGUGAUUGUGAUUGGAGGAGGGGUGUCUGGUCUCGCUGCAGCCAGACAGCUCCAAAGUUUUGGGAUGGAUGUGACUGUCCUAGAGGCCAGAGAUCGUGUGGGAGGCAGAGUGGCCACAUUCAGGAAGGGAAACUAUGUGGCUGAUCUGGGAGCCAUGGUGGUCACUGGGCUCGGAGGAAACCCCAUGGCGGUGGUCAGCAAGCAGGUCAACAUGGAGCUGGCCAAAAUCAAGCAGAAGUGUCCCCUGUAUGAAGCCAAUGGACAGGCGGGGGAAAGGUGCACCAGUGUGCCCAAGGAGAAGGACGAGAUGGUGGAGCAGGAGUUUAACCGUCUGCUCGAGGCCACGUCCUACCUGAGCCACCAACUGGACUUCAACUUCCUCAACAACAAGCCCGUAUCUCUGGGGCAAGCCCUGGAAGUGGUCAUCCAACUCCAAGAGAAACACGUCAAAGAUGAGCAGAUCGAGCACUGGAAGAAGAUCGUCAAAACACAGGAGGAGCUGCGAGACCUCCUCAACAAAAUGGUGUCCACAAAGGAGCGUGUCAAAGAACUCCACCAGCAGUACAAAGAGGCCAGCGAGGUAAAGCCUCCCCGGGACAUCACCGCAGAGUUCCUGGUGAAGAGCAAACACCGCGACCUCACAGCACUGUGCAAAGAGUACGAUGAGCUGGUGGAGAGCCAGGCCAAGCUGGAGGAGAAGCUGCAGGAGCUGGAGGCCAACCCCCCCAGUGAUGUGUACCUGUCGUCGCGGGACAGACAGAUCCUGGACUGGCACUUUGCUAACCUGGAGUUUGCUAACGCCACGCCCCUCUCCACCCUCUCCCUCAAACACUGGGACCAGGACGAUGACUUUGAGUUCACGGGCAGCCACCUGACGGUUAGAAACGGCUACUCGUGUGUCCCCGUGGCCCUGGCCGAGGGGCUGGACAUCAAACUGAACACAGCAGUACGACAGGUCCGAUACACUGCCUCUGGCUGUGAGGUGAUCGCAGUGAACACUCGUUCCACCACUCAGACCUUCAUCUACAAGUGUGACGCGGUCCUGUGCACACUGCCUCUAGGCGUGCUCAAACAGCAGCCCCCCGCUGUGCAAUUUGUGCCCCCCUUGCCCGAAUGGAAGACCUCCGCUAUCCAGAGGAUGGGCUUCGGCAACCUCAACAAGGUGGUGCUGUGCUUCGACCGUGUCUUCUGGGACCCCAGUGUGAACCUGUUUGGACAUGUGGGCUCCACAACAGCCAGCCGAGGAGAGCUCUUCCUCUUCUGGAACCUCUACAAAGCUCCCAUCCUGCUGGCCCUGAUGGCAGGGGAGGCGGCUGGGAUCAUGGAGAACAUCAGUGAUGAUGUCAUCGUAGGCCGCUGUCUGGCCAUUCUCAAGGGGAUCUUCGGGAGCAGUGCAGUGCCACAGCCUAAGGAGACAGUGGUGACCCGAUGGCGUGCAGACCCCUGGGCAAGGGGGUCCUACUCGUACGUAGCAGCGGGCUCCUCUGGCAACGACUACGACUUGAUGGCCCAGCCUAUCACACCGGGGCCUGCCAUCCCAGGGGCCUCACAGCCCGUACCGCGCCUCUUCUUCGCAGGGGAGCACACCAUCAGAAACUAUCCGGCCACAGUGCACGGCGCUCUGCUCAGCGGGCUCCGGGAGGCAGGUCGAAUCGCUGACCAGUUCCUGGGAGCCAUGUACACCCUGCCCCGACAAGCCACGCCGACCGCCGCCCCCGCUGCAGCCAACCCUCCUCAAGCUCCACCCGCUCCUGCUGUUUAACACCUACAACACUGGAAAAGACUUAACCAUUCAAACUCCAUCUAUGGACUGGAACAUAAAAUGAACUUGUGAAUGGUCCUGUCCUCAGCGUGGCAUUACAAUUGGGUUGUUUUGGCUCCAGAGGCCUUCUCGGUUGUCUUAAUACUAUGAACUCUAGCUGGAUGUUAAAGGACACAUAUUAUCCAAAAUUGACCUUUUUUGAACUGUUACCCAUGUUAUAACAUUGUUCCCUUGUUCACAUACCUGGAGUUGUGCUUUUCUUCAUUCAUGCUGGUUUCAGUAAUCCUCUGCAUAGUAUCAGAAAAUAAGUGUUUGAAUUUCCCUGGAUUAUUGCGUCACAGGUACAAACCCUGCACCAUUUUUAAGUCCAUAAAUCAUUGCUGUUUGAAGCAUUUAUGCCAUCAAAUCUGGUUCAUUACAACUGUGUGCUUACAUUAGCGUGUUGGGGUAACACGAGAUGCGCUGUCACUAAAAGGGGAAAUUGUAAACAUAUCUCAUUUUUUCCAUUAGCGUUGGACCGAGACGUGACAUCACACAACCCAACAGUGACCGCUUGCUCUGCUUCCAGAAGUAUGUACAGCUCCAUCUACUGGCAGCAGAGGGAGUUACCAUGGGGAGCGCUGAAGCUGAAACAUAAUGUCCACUUUUAUACUUGGCAUUUCAUAUUUUAGAAUUUAAAAUAAUGUCCAAAGCAAAGGUAACAAAACAAAUAAUGCAUAAUAUGUGUCCUUUAAAGGGCCCAUAUUAUGCCAUUUUCUGAUCUGUGCUAUAAUGUUGCUUCCGCAUCAAAACAUACCUGGAGUGACCUUAUUUCAUUCUUAAUUCUCUCAAACAGAAAACACUAUACCUUGUGAUGUCAUUAAGUGGUAAUACAGAAAGUGCUCCACUGUGUGUGCCAGAAUCAUUUGGAUGAUUUCAGCCCUGGAAUUGCCAGUCUCUAUGUUAACAGCUACCUUUUACCUUUUGUUCAGUAAAUUAUUGCUUCAUGACAUCACUAAGUGGAACAGAGCAUUUUGAGCUUUUGAGAUGUAGAUGGACUAAUAACAGGAUUUCUCAAACAUGUGUGAAUGAAACAAAACUCAACUCCAGGUAUGUUUUUGAGGAGGUAACAACAUUAUAACAUGGCUUAAACUUCACACAAGUCAAUUUAGUGUAAUAUAGGACCUUUAAAGCCUAAGUUUUUUGUUUUUUUCCCUGUUAUGUUAGAUUAAAGAGUAUAGUGAAAAUAGCUCCAAGCUGAAAAGAAGAACAUAUGUGUGGAAGAUCUGUGAAUUUUUUUGUUGCUAUAGCAGUUAUGUAUUUUAUUAAGUCUUAAGUCUUCACAGAUAUUUUAUAUUGUCAAUUGUUUUGCUAUUAAAAGAUAAAAAUCUG